AGUGACGUCCUGUGUUAAACAUUUUGGCCUCUGCAGCCUCCUACGCUAUUGGCAUCGCCAGGAAAGGAAAGCCUAAUUGCACUGGAAUCAAAAAGGGAAAACUCAGCUGAAGCUGCAUGCGAAAGGAGCCAGAUCUGGAAGAGGAGAGAGAAGUCGAGCAGAAGCUCAAGUGAAUCUGGAAGCGUAGAGGCUGCACUGAAACGGACGAGACGGACUCCGCAGACGUUGCGCUGAAGCCGACCGGACGGACUCCGCAGACGCUCCGCGGAGAUCACGUGACUCGUCGGACGCUAGGCUACGAUGGCGGAUUCCGGCGGCCCAGAGGCAGCUCAGCUUUCCAGCAAUGACCCAAAAGGCGAAUUGGGCGACGUGAUCCCUGAAGAAGCCAGAAGCCUGUUGAGGAAGAUGGAGAUAAGCGUGGCCGAAGCGGAGAAGCGAACAGGGAAGAAUGCAGUGAACAUGCUGGAGACUUAUACGGUGUACCUGAUUGAAACAAGGCGGGUUGAUUCUUCGGCUGAAAACCAGAACUUCUCCCCAGACUCCUUGUGGAGGCGCUACAGUGAAUUUGAGCUUCUGAGGAACUAUUUAUUAGUCACCUAUCCGUUUGUGAUCGUGCCCCCACUGCCGGAGAAGAGGGCAGAGUUUGUUUGGCAUAAGUUAUCGGCUGAUAACAUGGAUCCAGACUUUGUGGAAAGGAGGAGAAUUGGCCUGGAGAACUUCCUGCUCCGUGUGGCUUCCCACCCGAUCCUGUCCAAUGACAAAAUCUUCUACGAUUUCCUCACAGAGGAAAAUGGAUGGAAGGAAGAGGUAAUGGAGACUGGCUUCCAGCCAAAGGCUGAUUCAAGACUGAAGGCCCUAAACGCUACAUUCAGAGUAAAGAACCCUGACAAGCGGUUCACCGAGCUGAAACACUACAGUGAUGAGCUGCAGUCAGUCACAUCUCAGCUGCUGCGAGUUCGAGCCAGAGUAGCAGACCGUCUGUAUGGAGUCUACAAGGUCCAUGGGAACUACGGCAGGGUGUUCAGCGAGUGGAGUGCCAUAGAGAGGGAGAUGGGGGACGGACUGCAGAGCGCCGGUCAUCACAUGGAUGCUUACGCUGCCUCGAUUGACGAUAUCCUGGAAGAGGAGGAGAACUAUGCAGACCAACUGAAGGAGUAUCUGUUCUACGCAGAAGCUCUGAAGGCCGUGUGCAGGAAACAUGAGCUGCUGCAGUACGAGCUCGAGACGGCCGCCCAAGACCUGAUGUCCAAGAAGCAGCAGCGCGAGGAGCUGGCCAGCGGGACCGUACGGACCUUCUCCUUAAAAGGGAUGACCAGCAAGCUGUUCGGCCAGGAGACGCCAGAGCAGCGGGAAGCCAAGAUGAGGGUGCUGGAGGAGCAGAUCCAAGAGGGCGAGGAGUUGCUUCAAGAGAAGAAGACGGAAUGCGAUGAGUACGUGAGGAAUGCCUGGUCAGACAUGGAACGGUUCACAGUACAGAAAGACCGGGAUUUGAGGGAAGCCAUGAUCAGCUAUGCGGUGAUGCAGAUCAGCAUGUGUAAGAAGGGAAUUCAGGUGUGGACUAACGCUAAGGAAUGCUUUAGCAAAAUGUGAAGUUCUGAGCCAAGCCAGGCUGGCAGCUCACGGAGAGGUGCGGGGGCUGCCCCCCCGAGCGCCUUACAAGCAUGUCUGCCUGAAAAGUUGCAGCACAAGAUGAUUCUUUCUUACUGACUUAUAGCACAUAUUUAGGCAAUGGCAGAAUUUUUAAAUCACUAAUAAUCUCUUCACACAAUACGUAAAGAUUUUUUUUUUUUGCUGAUUGUUUAUCCAUGCUUUACUUUUUAUGUUCAUAAACUUGAAAUGAAAAUGUCUGUCCUUUUUGAAAAAAUAUAUUCUUUUCAUUUUCAGUAAAAUAGGUUGUUACCCUACUCAUCUGGUGCAUUUGCAGAUCUUCAGCUCGGUGUAUCAGUAACAAGGACGGGAUUGUUAAAUGAGCACUUUGAGUGCUACUUAUGUAGAAUCUGAAAAUCUGCAUCCCAGAAACAAAUGCAUGAGAUGGUGAACUAGAACUGUCAAUUUUUUUCUGGAAUAUUCCAAGAAAAAGCUUGACUUGCCUAAGAUGAAUGGUGAUUGCGUUGUUGUUAACAUUCAGAAAUGUAUCUCUGGAAUUGUGGAUUUAUAUUCUCCAGGUGGCUGACCAAAGACUAAUUAUUGCAUCAACUGAUAUAUUGUAUAUCUUGCAUUCUUUGAAUUUUGGUUAUUGACAACUGAAUAUGAAGGACAUAGAUUUUUUUUUUUUUGUAUUUUUCUUGCUGUGUGGGUCACAUACGUCACCUGAUCCAAAUACCUUCGCACCUGAUACUAUUUUUCAUACCUGUUACAAGUAUGCUUUCUCUAAUGAUCGCAUUUUGAAUGAGGUGACCCACAUCAGAAAGGAUUCUGUAUUUCUGGGGAAAUCGUUUGUAGUCACACAAAUGCUGAAAUUAAAAGGGAUUAACCUGAAAUGUGAUCGUUUGUCCGCUGGUAAUGUAAAAAAGUACACGGUGUUCUGUUUCUAUGGUUCUACACGUCAGGACAUGCCAAAAAUCACCUGGUCCUAGGAUUAAGCAAAUCUAACCUCAGGAUAGCAGAUUCCAGUACAUCAUUUAUUUAAUGAAAGAUUAGCCACUGUGCUGAAGCCAUGUGUGGAAAGAGUAAGUGCAUCUCGUGAUCCAGUAGCCGUGAGCAGAUAUAGUUCAGGGUCCACUAGAUGACAGAGCACCCUGGUCCUCUGCCUGCAAUACAAGCCAAAUCAUCACUCCUCCAGCACCACGCUUGGUAGUUGGUAUGAAGUGCAUCGUGCAUUAUGACCAAACAUCUCCACUUUGUCUGUAUGAAGGACACUUCCAGAAAUCAUCUGGUGUGUCUAGAAGUACUGCCAAAACACUGUGCUGUGGUGCCAUAUUCUUUUUGGAGAUAGAGGCAGUUCACUGACUGACUUUGCAUGGAACCUGUAUUAUUCAGUCAUCUCAUGAUUUUUCUGAUUGUAGAUUAAAGACCUUUAACAUUUAACAUGUUUACUGAGGCCUGUAGAACCCUUCAUUUAGGUCCCAGGGAGACAGCAUGUGUGUACUUACUUUUAUUCUGAGACAGUUUCUGCAUUCUGGAUUUUUGUUGAAUAAAUACCCAUUGAAAUCUG